AUGUCGGGGAAAACGCUCAGCAAUGGGACGAUGAGCCUACGCUUCAUGCAGAACGCGCAACGCGCGAAGCAACAGGCGGAGAUCGAGGCAGCGCAGGCGAAAGUCAAGGACGAGGCCGAAUGGGAGGUUUCGUCCGAGGUACGGGAGGCGUGGGCGCUCUCUAAACCUCCGACUCAGGAGAGGCAAUCCGUAUCCUACGAGGCGUCAUACAUACCGUUUAUGUAUUCAACAUCAGAGGCUGAGAGCUCGCAAGGCGCGCCAAGUAUCGCGUCCACGUCCACCGUGAAGGUCCGAGGGAGACGGACGUUCAAGAAGGGCCGUGAAGUCACUCAAGAAGAGGAGGAUCGAGCAGCCGCAGAGCAGGCACAGGCUGAAGCUGCAGAGCAAGCCCGCGACUGGUCCAAAAGCUCGCUUCGCCCAGCCACUCUGUCUGGUUCCGGAGCCUCCGUUCUGAAACCUCGGAAAGAAAAGGCAAAGGACGUCGCGCCAGGUCCCGGCGUGAAGAAGGGGAAGAGCGCUCGUCUGAUGAUUUACGAAGAGGGCGACGUGGGCACCGACCUACGAUCGGGGAGGACUGCCGGGCCGCGGACGACAUCUGAUCCCGCAGACGCAAGUGAGCCCUCGGCCCCGCUCAGACCCGUGACGGCGAAGGCGUCCACGUCAGCUAUGUUCCUGAAGCCAUCGGGCAUCGAUACACCGACUAAGGGCGUUUCUUCCUCUAAGGCCAAGCCAUCGGAUGGGAAGCGAACUCGAGUGGAUUCUGGUGUACACGAAGGGAAGUUGGGCAAGAAGCGGAGAACGAAAGCUCCGACUGACUCAGUUACAUGA